AUGACAUUCACUAUAUCCAACCCGGUCCUCAGCAAUGCAGUCCAAGUCACCAAAACCCUCCCAAACAAGGGCAAAGACCAAAAGGUCCCAAGCACAACUCGCCUCUUGCACCAUAGCCAUGUCACCACAGAAUUCGAUCCCUUGAGAUUCGAAGCUGCGGCAUCAUUGCAACUGGAAUUGCAGCUCGAGAAACAAUACCCAGAUACAGAAAUAGACACGCGACUCGUUGCAUCCCCCUACAACAGCGUCCCUCAUCUACUGGACAUUUCCGAACUGGAAAGACAAGACCGACUCUUCGCAUUGGCAUUGGCAUAUCUCAAACCUAUCCGCGACGACUAUGCCACCGCCGAAUAUACGGAAUCCUUCAAUUGGACCGAAGUAUUUGAUUUGUUGAAAACUUUCUCACAGGCCGAGAACCACACGUGGGCAUCACAGUCGUAUUAUGUGGUUGUUUUCCGGUCAACCUUGUUGCCGGAUAUCGACUCGGAUCGGCUUUAUGACCUUGAUGCGCAUUCGCACCAGGAGGCGAUUGCCAGUGGGGGGUUGUUGAAGUAUUGGUUUGGGGCGAAAAAUGAUAAGCAUCAGAAUCUGGCGACUUGUGUUUGGCGCAAUCGAAACGAUGCAAGACUUGGUGGUCGUGGACCUUGGCAUGCUCAGGCAAGAGCGGCUGCUACAGUCAUGUAUGAGCAGAUUCGGUUCACUACGCUGAGGUUGGAUGUUGAGGAUGGAGUACAGUCAUGGAAACUGAGUGAUUGGAAGGAAGAUAAG